AUGGGUUCCAAGAGUGUUGCAUGCGUCUCCUUUCUCCUCUCCCUCAACCUUCUCUUCUUUUCCAUGGUUAGCUCCAUUGCCCCUGCACCACUCACACCAUCACCACCACCACGUGAGUGUCCUGAGGUGGGUAUUUGCAUCGAUGUUCUUAACGGUUUAGGUGGCAGACUUUUUGGGUCUAAAAAGCGAUUGCUGCCCCUGCUGGGUGGCCUUAUCGAGGCUGAUGCCAUUUUAUGCAUUUGCGACGUAUUGAAGUCCAGAAUCCUUGGAAUCCCAAUUCUAGUUCAACUUGUCUUGCAGCAAAUUCUAACUAUGUGUGGAAACAACCAGACCUACAUAUGCAAUUAA